UAACUAACAAUAAUUAUAUCAGUCUCAAAUGUCUAUUAGCCUGUGAUUUGUGAAAGGCCAGAGGAAGAUAUUUAAGGCUACCUGAAGCAAGUGCAUGUGUGACUAUAAGGGUGGUUGGGAAACUAGAACAACUAAACAUCAGAGGAUGUGGUCAGCCAGGUCCUGUAACAAGAUGGCUGCUGAAGCUAAAACAAAGAAAUGGGUUACAAGAUGGUGGAUCUGGUAGAUCAGAUAUUGCAUGGAAGACCACGUACAGAGGACAGGGGAUGUUGCCCUGCUUUUCUCUUUCUCCUGUGUGUAACUGGUCAGUCGGUUUGUUUGUGUUCCGAAAAAAUCCAGUUGUUUCUCCUGCUAACCUUAAAGAGUUAAGCUCUUUGUCAUCUUUGUUUGUUUCCAUCGUCACAGCUGGAGAUGAAUGGCUUCCAAGGAAAUCUUAUCCCAACUUGUGUUGUUGGUGAAAGGGAAACAGAGGUAAAUGAGGAGAGUGGUGUGGAAAAGUGGAGUAAUGCCUCCUUUCUAUUCACAGUUCCAGCACCACUCGGCUCCACUGUGCUCCGCCUCGCUCUACUCAGCAUGAAACGUCUUGUGUUUCAAUUGAAGCCCCGCCUCCUGCCUUCAGGGUCAUGUGUUGUGCAGAGUAAAAUAAACAGUCACUGCACAGUCACGUUCUCUUGAAACAAUGAGCUUGCUGAGUGCAGACCACGCUCACGUCAACAAGUCGCGGGAUGAAUGCCAUAAAUGGAGUCCAUGAUUUCAAACCACCGCCACAGCUUUUGGUUUAACCCAAUCCAGCCUUUGUGCUCCUUAAUAAUUUUGUAGUUGCUCUGGAGUUUGUCGAGAUUGUUCCGGCACUGUGGUGUGUGAAAUAAAAUCCAUAGCUUGUCAUUCUCUCUGCUACCUUGGCAAGCACUUUCUCAUGCUGUUAGGAUUGUGUUCUGUUUGGUGGAUCUGUUUGUGUCUACUUACCUUCCAGAGUCAGAGUGGCAGGGGCGGAGUUUUCCAAUCUACGCACCUGUCCUGGAUUCUGCUGAUGAGAUCAGCUGGCAUUUAAGCUCCUGGAAGUGAUCCAUUCCUCGCCGGAUUAUUCAGUGACACUGGACACUGAUUGGAGUGUGGAACUCGCCUUUUGCUGGAACUUAAGGACUCGAGUAUUUGGAUUCCUCUUCUGGAGACUCUCACUUGGAAACCAACCAUCCUCCGUCCUGCCACUCUCUCUCUCUCUCCCUCGGACCUGGAGCACAAAUGGACACCGAAACCUGAAACACUUACCUCGUGGAUUUCCCUUGCCUCCUCCUCCGAGCUGACCUACCUCCAAAGAGCCUCUGAUCAGUGCUGGCAGCGUGGUGUAUGCUGAGGCCCUGUGGGACCAUGUUACCAUGGACAUCCAGGAACUAGGCUUCAAGGCAGGUGAUGUCAUCGAAGUGAUUGAUGCCACAAACAAGGAGUGGUGGUGGGGCCGCAUCAUGGACAGCGAGGGCUGGUUUCCUGCCAGCUUUGUACGGCUGCGUGUGAAUCAGGAUGAACCUAUGGAGCAAUUUUCAACCCAUCUGGAGGAGUCCCAAUUUGGAGAUCGGGACCGAGCCGAUUUGGGUUUGUUAUUAGGACCCGGGUUACCCUGCAAAGAACAGAUGAGAGCCAACGUCAUCAAUGAAAUCAUGAGCACAGAGCGAGACUACAUCAAGCACCUGAAAGACAUCUGUGAGGGUUACAUUAAGCAGUGCCGUAAGAGGACAGACAUGUUCAGUGAAGAGCAGCUUCGAACCAUCUUUGGGAACAUUGAAGAGAUCUACAGAUUCCAGAGAAAGUUCUUGAAGGGCCUGGAGAAAAGGUUUAACAAGGAGGAGCCCCAUCUUAGUGAGAUAGGCUGUUGUUUCCUGGAACAACAAACAGAUUUCCAGAUUUAUUCAGAGUAUUGUAACAACCAUCCCAAUGCCUGCAUCCAAAUCUCCAAGCUGAUGAAAGUCAACAAGUACGUGUUUUUCUUUGAGGCCUGUCGGUUGCUCCAGAAGAUGAUUGAUAUUUCUUUAGACGGCUUCCUACUCACUCCAGUGCAGAAGAUCUGCAAGUAUCCAUUACAGCUGGCUGAGCUCCUCAAAUACACCAACCCUCAGCACAGGGACUACAAGGAUGUGGAGGCAGCCCUAAAUGCCAUGAAAAAUGUUGCCAGGCUGAUCAAUGAGAGGAAACGGCGCCUUGAGAACAUUGACAAAAUUGCCCAGUGGCAGAGUUCUAUAGAAGACUGGGAGGGUGAAGAUGUUCUGGUCAGAAGCUCUGAACUUAUCUUUUCUGGGGAGAUGACCAAGCUGUCCCAGCCACAGACUAAGAGCCAGCAGAGAAUGUUUUUUCUCUUCGACCAUCAGAUAGUUUAUUGCAAAAAGGAUCUCUUGCGCAGGGACAUACUGUAUUACAAGGGACGCAUGGAUAUGGAUCUAAUGGAGGUGAUAGAUUUGGAAGAUGGCAAGGAAAAAGAUUUUAAUAUUACCGUGAAGAAUGCACUAAGGCUUCGGGCAAGGAGAGGUGAUGAAGUCCACCUCCUGUGUACCAAGAAACCUGAACAGAAACAGCGCUGGAUCCGAGCUUUUGCUGAUGAGAGAAAGCAGGUCCAUCAUGACCGUGAGACAGGCUUCUCUCUCACUGAAGUCCAGAAGAAACAAGCCAUGCUGAAUGCGUUCAAAAGCCAUCCAGCUGGGAAACCCAAAGCAGUGACCAGACCAUACUGCGACUUUCUCCUGCGUCAGAAACAUCCAUCCCUGCCCACUGCUCUGCCCCAGCAGCAGGUCUUCAUGCUGGCCGAGCCCAAGCGCAAAACCACCUUCUGGCAUAACAUUGGGAGACUGACACCUUUCAAGAAAUAAAAACCAAACCAGGAAGAGGAAGCUAACUGGUGGAGAAAGAGAAGAACUCUCUGCUCGUGCCUGCAUAGACCCUUUUAAUUAUUCCUCUCUUUUCUUUCCUAUGUAUAACCUUUCCUGGAUAGUUUAUGGACUGGAAUACAUAAAGUGGACUAUAAUGAGGAGAUUAUUUUUCAAAGCACUUUAUUGGUUGGAUAACAAUCAGACAUGGGAAUGGUCUCCUGGAGAUGCUGGGUUAAACAGGGAGAGGGAACUCUGGCCUGAUGUACUUCUGCUCCGUAAAACCAGUACCGACUGGUAUUAGUUCUAUUGUACUACUGCAAAUUAGUGUAGGACUCCUGGCUGAGCUGCCUCUGUGAAAAUGUUGCCUGUCAGCAAAACUGUGUUAUUUAUCUCCACUGCUCUGUGGUUUGGUUUUAUGAUUUAACAAUUUGCCAACUUCUCAUUGUGUGAAAUGGUGCUUGUUUUGCGUCUGCUUUAAAAAAGGGAAAAUUUGUUGGAGAAUAAAAUUCUUUGUGUUUUUCUCUUUUCUAAUGUAUAAUUUCAGAAUCAUUGCAAGCGAGUUUUAAAUGUUCUGUGGACUCUGUCUGUAGUUUUGGUUUUGAAAUUCUGCUCCUGACAUUUAAUCCAGCCCAACGGAGAUUGUGAGGAACCAGCAACAAAUUCUUUCAUUCUGAUCCCGGACUUCUCCUCAUGCCUCCAACAUCAAUGCAAUCAAACCAGCUACUCUAUUUUCUCUCCUUAUGUCAUUUUAUGUUGUUUUACACAGUGCCAUCUGAGAUGUGACACGCAUAGAUAUGAUCAAACAAUACUGUGAAUGUGUCUCAUUCUUUUAUCUACCAGUGCUUCUAGUAUCCAGUGUUCCUGCUCUGUAUGUAUGGUCUGUAGUAGAACCUCAUCUCAGACCAGUGCAGCCCAGUGGCAGCAGUAAUAUGAGUGCAUUCAGUGAAAUGUACAACUUCUACGUUAUGUUCAAAUGUUAUAUAAUAUUAAACAUUCCUUAGCUGA